AUGAUCAUUGAAGCGCCGGAAGCACUUCGUGCUUGGCUCACCAAAGAAAUGGCCCCAAUAUGUGAUGCCGAGCCGGGUGCUAUUGCGAAGUACGUUUUGGCGCUUCUGCGCAAGGAUAAGCCGGAGCCGGAACUGAUGGAGUUCUGCAUCGAACAGCUCGACGUCUUCCUACAGAGCAGUCAGUUGUUUUUCGACCUUUCUUUCCGCCUGCUGUUUGCUAAUUGCCAUACGAUCUUUACAGAAGCAAAAUCGUUUGUGGAAAGACUGUUCCGUGUGAUCAAAGAGCGCAGCUAUAUUGGACCAGUGACAAGUUCGGUUGCAACCGUUUCGGCAGUUCCUGCGAAAGAAUCCGGGACGGCACAUGAAAAGAAAAAGGAUAUUGAUGAGCGGAGAGAGGUGAAGGAGAAAGAGAAGGAAAAGCGAGAGGAUUUGAGGAAGAAGAGUAUUAGUGCGAGCGACAAGGAGAAGGAGCAGCAGAAAUUCGGGAAGGUUCGGGAUGAGCGAGAGACCGAGAAGAUUGCUGUGGCAGCUGAGCCAGCGGCAGUGCAACCUCAGAAACCGGUGCGAAAAAGAAUAUCGCCGCCGCCUAAUGUCUCUGCACGCGAUGAUUCGCGUCGUGAUCACGCAGCACCCCGGUUUGAAAGACGCCGUAGCCGAUCACCACGUGAUCGGCGACUGGAAAGACCUGAUCGAAAUCUAGAUCGGCGUGUGCAGUUACCGCCCGCGCGACUACAGUAUCGGCAGAUGGAUCGAUACAAAAGUGAGCGUCCGGAUCGGUUAGAACGCAAACGAUCUCGUUCACCUUAUGAUAGACCGAGGCGUGAAAAAAGCACCGAGCCGGAGAUGCGGAAGAAGAAGCGUUGUCGCGAUUACGAUGAGAAAGGUUACUGCAUGAAAGGGGACCAGUGCAUGUUUGAUCACGGACCGGACCCUGUGGUUGUAGAUGAUAUUGCACUUGAGAAGAUGGUCACUAAUGGAGCGAAGCCGGCUGUAACUCAUCUAACACCAAAUUUCUCUGUGCCACCGCCCGGCUACACACCUCUGAAUCCUCCACCACCCGGUGUUGACAGUGUCUACGCCACAAACUCUCGUACUGUAGCACCGGCGGCCAGCUUGUCCGAAGGAUAUAAUCCAGAAGCUCCGGCACUAAGUGCUCCUUCGUUACCACUGGUCGCAGCGCCAGCUGCAGCUCCUUCAAUGGAUUUCUCGGUUCCACCACCGCCACUUCCGACAGCUGUGCCUAAUCAGGCCUGGAGACCAACAAACUACACUGUUCCUCCGGCGUCCUCGGUUCUCAUUCAUCCAACAACCAAUGUAUACGACCCAACGCAAUCUGCAAUCACUGCACCAUCGCCCAAUGUCACUCAGGUUUCUUUUUUUUUCACUAUUCUAAAGUUGAAAAUUUUAGGGAACGAAUGCAGUUAUGGCGCUUUUCCUUGUUUAUCUGGUGGAUUUUUCCACAUAAUUGUUGCGGGGCAAUUAAAGCUAGUCGUCCUUGUGACCACUUAAUU